AUGCCUAUAGAAAUCAACUUGAAAGCCCGUUGUUUGUCGCCAAAUCGACCGUCCGAGGCAGCGACGGCACGACUCUUUUUCAACUGCAAAGUUACUGAUGAGACCUACAGUGAGAUUCAGUAAGAGUUUACAAUCUUGUGACAAUAAAAUAACAUUACGUUUAGGCAUUUGACGCGAAAUUAUAGUGGAGAUACGGCUGACUUUCGUUUUUUCAUCGACAAAAUGCAUAAGACAACGAAGAAUGAGGUCUUCUAUGUGGCUACGGUAAGGUUAUUGUUGCUCUUUGUCACGUAAAUCCAGCAUAGAUGAAGCUAUUUCCUGACAAUACCUUAAUCAAUGUGGCGUUUCGUCACAAAUAGAAUUUUGUAAAAAACCUUGGGCUGCUUUAUCUUGACUAGAUAGAAAAAAACAAUCUUUCCUGGUCAGAAAACAACGCUCUAAAUUUCUUUUGAUUUUAAGACCAACCCAAAUUCUUUCGAAAGAAUUUUGAUAUCUAAAAUUUUUUGGUCACACAAAGGGCUUUUGGCAUUUCCGGAUCCCCGGUCCAGCCCCGCCAAAGACGGCCCAGCCCUUUUUAAAUUUUUCAAAGCGCUGGCUGGCCCCCUAAAAUUUUUUAAAAUAAUUUUGAAUUUCUACUUUCCCGCCAUUUUGGCAUUAUUCUGGCAUUGUGUCUUUUGGCUCGUCUUAAGGGCGAUGUUUUAUCGUCGUCAGAAACAUUUCGAACAGAACUUGCUGGAUUGACGUAUAUUGUAGCAUUAAAAAUCUUUGACGACAUUCUACAGGUGCACCAUGAAUUACUGUGCUAUUAUUUUUACAGUCUUUUCGGCUUUAUUUUUGGAAACAAAAAGGUUUUUUUUGACAUUUUGACAUUCCCAAGCCGUAAAAAGCGCAAUUCAAAAUUAGCUGCGCUGCACGUCCUUCACGUUUUUUGUAAGACCCUGCAGAAGAAAAAAUUUCCCGCCCCUUUUUGGUGAUUCGUUCAAAACGAAAUGUCACUAUCCGAUAAAACCCAUUUUCUUAUCUUUCUUCUUCCUUUUCGAGAAAAAGCAAUUAUUUGCGGGCGAAAAAAGCGCCCAUAACUUCGUGACAUUUUGUCUCUCUUUUAAAGGACCACAAUCAAUGAAAACAAUGCGAAGUUUCGAAACGGUUGAGGAAACAUGGCUGGAUUGACGUGUACUUACGCUUUAAUAACUGUCCCAGAAUUUCUUUCUUCAGAUUGACCACCAAUGCACUCGGCACAACGUAACUUCUGGCAAACUCCAUACGACCCAACGGUACAUCAAUUUUGCCAACGAAUGCAAACAACAGAGCAUUGACAACACCACCUCAAAAUAUGUGUGCAAUAUCCCGGAGAUCCUUCUAAGCUCAUCAAUUUUGAUUGGUUUUCAAUCCACAUUACUUUUUAUCGGCUUGCUACUUAUUUGGUAAAAAAAUUUCAACGGAAAAGAAAAACAAAUAAAAUGCAAGGUAUUUUGGUACGUUUUUUUGCCACUGGACCAUUUCCACGUCAAUCCAAAAUAGAAGAAAAAACUUCCCGCCCCUUUUUGGUGAUUCGUUCAAAACGAAAUGUCACUGUCCGAUAAAAAGCAUUUUCUUAUUUUUCUUCUUCCUUUUCGAGAAAAAUGAAAACAAUACGAAGUUUCGAAACGGUUCAGGAAACGCGCUGGAUUGACGUGAUUUCUGCCGUGUGGUAUCAAUGUUUUGAAAAUUAAAUUCUUAAAUCGAAAGUCUGACAUCGAGUCAUGCCGGAAAGAACUUCUGAAUCAUCCGUAAAAGCGAGACAAAUACAUAUAAAACCACUUUGAAAAUUGGAGUUUCCUCUCAAAAUUUCUCUUUUUUACUAUUUUUUGAUAUGAAAAUCGUGCUGAUACAGCUAUUACUGCUCUUUUCUCUCCUUGUCACUCAAAUUCAUGGCGAAUGUGAGAUAAGAUAUGACAAAACGCCUGUAGAAAUCAACUUGAAAGCCCGUUGUUUGUCGCCAAAUCGAGCGUCUGACGCAGCGACGGCGCGAAUCCUUUUCAAUUGCAAAGAUCCGGAUGAGACCAACAUUCAGCUUCAGUAAGAGUUUAUAAUCUUGCAACAAUAAAGGAAUACUACGUUUAGGAAUUUGACGCAAAAUUAUAGCGGAGAUACGGCUGACUUUCCAUUUUACCUCAAGAAAAUGCCAUAUUCAACGAAGACUGGGGCCUCCUAUGUGGCUACGGUAAGCCAAUUGAUGUUAUUGGUCACGUAAGGCAUAAAUGAAGCUAUAUAUUUCCUGAGUAUAGUUUAAUCGAUGUGGCGUUUCGUCACAGAUAAAUUUUGGAGAAAACUUUUGGCUGUUAGGCAUCUGUGUUUCACUCAGGCCGCACGUCAAGCUGAGGGGUCCAAUGACCGUAAUAGACCCUUCGCUAUCGGUUUUUUACACUUCGUCUUGAUUUCGCAGAGAAAGAGAGAAAAAAGACACGCAAAAGCGUACUCUCUCGCCUCAGAAAUUCCCCAUUUCUUCCCCGACAAAACGUUUUUUCGCGUCUUUCUUUGGAAAACGUUUUUUCGCGUCCUUCUUUGGACAAUCCAUUUACUGGACUGUUUUAGCUUGUCUCCGUUUGACGUGGGCCGCCCAGAACGUCUCUGUUUGAUGCCAUGGGUACCCUUUUUACAAUAUACGUUCAAAACUAAAAGAACUCGAAGAAAGAAAAUAUCCUUUUUUUUCGAAUAACCCUGUAUACGUGACAGACCUGAUCUAGUGGCAAAAAAACUUACCAUUUUGCACUCGGGAAGUAUCAAAAAACCGCAAAACACCUCCCUCUCCAAGCCUAAAAUGGGAGACAUUUCGUUUGGAGAGACUUAAUCCAGUGGGAAGAAACGUAGCAUUUUUCUUCCGGGAAGUGUCAAAAAUGUGGCAAAAUACCUCCGUCUCUAACUAAAAAACCUCCGUUUUGAAGGGCGCUUUUCAAAUUGGGGUUUUUUACUUGGAAAGGGAGGUAUUUUGUUACAUUUUUGAUACUUGCCGGAUGCAAAAUGGCACCAUUUUUUCAAUGGAUCAGAUCCGCUACUUAAGCAAUAACAGCAGAAAAAAUUAUGGCGAUAUUCUACAAGUGUACCAUCAAUUAUACUUUACUAUGUAUUUACAAGUUUUCAGCUUCGUUUUUGGCAGAAUUUUUUUUUUUUUUUUGACUUCCCAAGCCGUAAAAAACGCAAUUCAAAAGUAGCUACACCGACACUUUAAUAACUGUCCCAGAAAGUUUCUUUCUUCAGAUUGACCACCAAUGCACUCGGCACAACGUAACGGAUGGCAAAAUCUACACAACCCGACGGUAUAUCAAUUUUGAAAACGAAUGUAGACAACAGAACAACAGCACCACCUCAAAAUAUGUGUGCAAUAUCCCGGAGAUCCUUCUAAGCUCAUCAAUUUUGAUUGGUUUUCAAUCCGCAUUACUUUUUAUCGGCUUGCUUCUUCUUUGGUAAAAAUUUUUAACGGUAAAGAAUAUAUAUAAGUAAUAUUGAAAAAGAGGUAUAAAAAAUUGCGAAUCAUCUUUGCUGCUUUGACCAACUAAUAAAACGGAAUUGACAAGUAUCCGGUUCGUUUUUUUUGUAUUCCGGUUCAUUGUGUGAAUCAGAUUUUCCCAGAGGUUUUUUCAAAAAACGAGUUGCUUGUUUUUUGAGCAAUGAGUUGACUGUUAUCCAACGAUUAUUUUUCGAAUUUUUAACGAACAAGGAAGGUCGCUUUUUUCGCAGAUUGUUCGAUAUAGGUGAUCUAGAGGAUGUUGAAGGCCUCGGGCAGAGAUUGCGACGGCUCCGGAGCUACGGCUCUGAGCGGCUCCAAACAGGGAGCCAGAGCCCGAGCCGGAAAUUUUGAGUCCGGCUCCGGCUCUCGAGCUCAAAGUCGGAGCUAG